AUGACAGUUUCUAACGCAAUUACAACCACUACUCUUGGAAAGGGCGGCCCAGUGGUUAAUCGUCUCGGACUUGGAGCUAUGGGCAUGGCUCAAGCGUAUGGCGUUGCUGACGACGAGGAAUCCAUUACAGUACUGAACCGUGCCGUCGACCUGGGAUGCAAUUUUAUUGACACCUCAGACGCAUAUGGCUUUGGAGUGAACGAGAAACUCUUGUCGAAUAUCCUUAAAACCAGACGCAAGGAAAUCUUCUUAUGCACCAAGUUCGCCUUUCAGAAAACUGACACUGGAAUUGUCAUCAACGGGAAUCCUGAAUAUGUCAAGAAGGCAUGUGCUGCUUCGUUGGAACGUCUUGGAAUCGAUUAUAUCGAUCUGUACUACCAGCAUCGGAUAGACCCAAACACACCUAUCGAAGACACAAUGAAAGCCUUGAAGGAGCUGGUUCAGGAAGGCAAAAUUAAGAAAAUCGGCCUCAGUGAAUGCUCUGCAGAGACUUUACGCAAAGCGUAUGCUAUUCACCCUGUUGCUGCUGUCCAAGUCGAAUUCUCACCAUGGACGCUCGAUAUCGAAACAAAUGGGCUUCUCGCUGCUUGCCGAGAACUUGGUGUUAGUAUCGUUGCUUAUAGUCCACUUGGACGUGGAUUCUUGACUGGGAGGUUCAAGUCCGUUGAUGAUUUCGAAGAAGGUGAUGGCCGUCGUAUGCAUCCACGAUUUCAAGGAGAAAACUUCCAAAAGAACUUGGAAAUUGUGAAAAAGAUCGAAGAACUAGCUCAAAUGAAGAAAUGUACUCCAUCAGCACUUUGUUUAGCAUGGGUGUUGGCUCAGGGGAAUGACUUUAUCACUAUACCAGGAACAAAACGUGUCAAGUAUCUCGAAGAGAACUUGAAGGCAUUGGAUGUCAAUAUUACGAGUGAAGAAGACAAGGCUAUCCGAGAUAUUGUUGCCUCUCUUGGUGGCGCAUCGGGAGACAGAUAUCCAGAAGCCCAUAUGAAAGCGCUAAAUAAGUGA